AUGUUUCAGGCGCUUAAGCGGCAUGUGCAAUUUCUAGACGCAUACGAGGUAGAAGCGCAUUACGGGCAGGUUCAGAGCAGGUUGGACAAAUUAGAGAAAAAGUUGGAAGAGUUUGAGGCAAUCCAAGAGGAAAUAGCAGAGUUAGAUGAACAUGGGGAAUAUGAAGAAGAAACUAACAGGGUCUCCGGCAAGUUUGAGCAUGAAUACUAUGAGAUACGAGCGGCGUUGUUGGCUAAGAUAGCACCUAGCAUUCAACCCAUAGCAAAUUUAGAUACAACAAUUGGUAGAAGCCACAAUACUUACAGUGGGGUUCGUUUACCACAAAUUUCAUUGCCUGAUUUUGACGGCGAUUACACAGGGUGGCUUUCUUUUAAGUCAACAUACGAAUCACUUAUUCAUGAGUCAACUGAUCUCAAUGAUGUGCAAAGAUUUCACUAUUUGAAGUCCGCUCUGAAGGGUGAAGCAGCUAAACUUAUAGAAUCGUUGACGAUCACCAGUGGAAACUACGCGAUUGCAUGGGAAACUAUUACUAAGCGAUACUCGAAUGAAUACUUGUUAAAAAAGAGGCACUUACAGGCCUUGAUGGAAUACCCUAAAAUUGAGCGGGAGAUAGCUGCUAGUAUCCACGGAUUAGUGGACGAGUUUGAGCAACGAUUAAAGGUUUUAAAGCAAUUGGGUGAAAAAACCGAAUGUUGGGGUGCAUUGUUGCUACACUGGAUGUGCUCAAAGUUAGACUCGCGUUCACUGCAGAUGUGGAAGGAUCAUGCAGCUUCAGUAAGUGAGCCAACCUUCGAAGUUUUGGUAGCCUUUUUGGAAAAGCGCACAAGGGUGCUGGAUGCUGUAUCAACUAAUUCAGUAGAGGAAAGUUCUCAUAAGUCAAUGAGCAAGCGUCCAAGGAUAGCAAUAAAUGCUACUAGAACGGGUGAGCGACCUACGAUUUGCCCAUGCUGCAGUGGUGACCACUAUAUGGCUCGUUGUGCUGCGUUUUUGAACUUAAAUAAUAAAGAGAGGCUAGAGCUAAUAAAUGCUAAGCGUUUGUGCAGUAAUUGUUUUCGAACUGGACACUGGGUGCUGGAUUGCAACUCAAAUUUUACGUGCAGAACAUGUGGACGGAAGCAUCACUCGCUCAUUCAUCCGGGCUUCCCAACUAACACAGUAAGCACUGCGAUACCGACACCUUCGAUGGAAUCCAAUCCAAGAGCUGCUACGAAUGUUGCGGCGAGUGGAACUGAAGAUGAACAAUUCGAGGCACCGGAGCAAGAGGCUGUAGGGUCAUAUAGUGUUGAAACUGGAAGAAAGCUCGGAAUAUGUAAUGUUUUCUUAUCUACUGUUGUGCUGCAGAUAACAAAUCAGAACGGAAAUAAGUUGCUGGCUAGAGCGCUACUCGACAACGGGUCACAAGCAAAUAUCAUCAGUGAAAGAUUGUGUCAGAUGCUAAAAUUGAACAGGCGAUCGGUCAAUAUACCAAUAUGCGGAGUUGGGCAAUCAGAGAGUAGGUCCAGAUAUGCAGUCAAUACGAUAAUAAGCUCAAGAGUCACCAAAUUCUCGGUUUCGAUCGAUUUUCUUGUGCUCCCACGGAUAACCUCACAACUUCCUUCGGUGACUAUUCCUACGUCUCAUUGGAAGAUUCCUGGAAAACUUCAAUUAGCCGAUCCACAAUUUAACGUGUGCAACAGGAUUGAUAUGAUAAUCGGAGCGGAGUAUUUUUACCAAUUUUUAUAUGAACGAGAAAUGGGUCGCAUAUCGCUUGGACGUGGACUUCCCGUACUAGUCGACACAGUGUUUGGAUGGGUCGUCUCAGGUAAAUGUUCGGAUGUAAAUGAUGAACCCGUGAAUUGCUGCUUAGCUACUUCGGAGAAUUUGAUGGAAGCACUGGAAAGGUUUUGGCAGGCCGAAAGUCUUGAUGAGCAACAAAUUUGGUCCAAAGAAGAGCAAGACUGUGAAACUCACUACAUUGGAACCCAUAAGCGGUUAGAAGAUGGCCGAUACGAAGUGCGCAUGCCCAAGCAUGUCAACUUUACUAGAAUGGUAGGUGAAUCAAAGGACGUAGCGAUGAAUCGUUUUUUAAACCUGGGAAAACGGUUGGAAAGAGAUGCUGAAAUGAAGCAACAGUAUCACGCUUUUAUUCAGGAGUAUUUGGAUCUGGGUCAUAUGUGUAAGGUGUCUGAGGAUGCUGCAGUGGAUAUGCAACCUCGGAAAAUUCACUAUUUGCCACAUCACGCGGUAGUGAAGGAAUCUAGUACGACCACAAAAGUGCGUGUGGUAUUUGACGGGUCAGCUCGCACUAACUCUGGAUAUGCUCUUAACGACGCACUUUUAAAGGGACCCACCAUUCAAGAUUCGCUUCUCGGAAUUCUUUUAAGAUUUCGCAAACACGAAGUUGCCAUAGUUGGAGACAUCGCGAAAAUGUAUAGGCAAAUUCGUUUGCAUUCGGACGACACUUCCCUGCAGAGAAUAUUUUGGAGGUUUUCACCUGAGGAAGAAGUUGGCGUUUAUGAGCUAUUAACUGUUACCUAUGGAUUGACGCCUUCUUCCUUCUUGGCUAUUAGAACUCUGCAGCAAUUGGCUAAAGAUGAGGGAUCUGCUUAUCCUAGUGCUCAGGCAGCCCUAAUGCACGACAUCUAUGUUGAUGAUUUUAUAGGAGGAUCUUCUGAUAUAAACAAAGCUAUUCGGUUACGGCGCGAAUUAACAGAACUAAUGUCUAAAGCUGGUCUCACUCUGCGAAAAUGGUGCUCAAAUCGCCCAGAAGUACUUGCUGAAAUUCCUGAAGACCAAUUGGCCACAAAUAUUUCGGUCGCGUUCGGAAUAAAUUCCGACGAAAGGAUUAGGACAUUGGAAAUUACUUGGGAUCCAAACUCAGAUGAAUUUCGCUUUUCAUUUGAUUUCACAAAUAACACGAAAAUUUGGACAAGAAGAAGCAUUCUUUCCUCCAUCGCUAGGCUUUUUGAUCCACUCGGGUUAAUGGCUCCGGUUGUGGUCACGGCCAAAUUGAUUAUGCAAAGGCUAGCCCUGUUGCAAACUGGAUGGGACUUCCCAGUCCCGGAAGAGUUAGAAAAAAGAUGGAAGGAUUUCCAUGAACCUCUCACUGAAUUAGCCGAAGUACGAAUUAGCCGCUUUGCAUUCAUUGCUGAUUGGAUAGAAGUUCAGUUGCAUUGUUUUGCGGACGCAUCUGAGUUGGCCUAUGGUGCGUGUUUGUACGCCAGAUCGAUCGAUGCAGCGGGUAAUAUUCGCAUAGAGUUGUUAUCGUCGAAAUCUCGUGUCGCUCCCCUGAAAAGAGUGACCCUACCGCGUCUGGAAUUAUGCGCUGCCAAGGAAGCUGCUUGUUUACAUUCCAAUGUGAUAAAGUCCUUAGAGCUGACCGAUACCCGGUCGUUUUUUUUGGUCCGAUUCAACAAUAGUGCUUCAUUGGCUGAAAGCACCUCCCAAUACCUGGCAAACCUACAUCGCGAACCGUGUUUCUACAAUUCAAACUCUCUCUCGCGAGCAUACAUGGCGCCAUGUUGCUGGAAAGGAGAAUCCAGCCGAUUUAGUUUCCCGAGGCAUGGGUGCAAAUGA